UUGAGCCGACUGAGGUCCAUAGAAAUUUGACAGCUUCACAGGUGAGACAACCGUCCAGAGGCUGUUUCACUUUACAUUUCAGUUUUUUCCCGGAACACUAUUCACUGUGAGCCUGGGGUUGCCACAGUCAAAAAACAACCUUUCGAAGUCUAAUCACUCCGGCAGCAUGAGCAAAAAGAAAAAGGACUGGAAGACUGAAAAAGAGAGACUGCUCCGUCUAGAACGGGAGGAGAGACGCAAGGAGUAUCGUCGUCAAGAUUUUAUAUCUCUGGACAAGAUUCCAACCUGGAGAGAGGAAAACAGAGUGAAUGACAAUGAGGAAGGGCAGGAGCUGACAGGUGGAGGUGGGCUGAGUGAUAAAGUGGCUCUCUACAAAGGAGAUAUUACUGUCUUGGAGGUGGAUGCCAUAGUCAAUGCUGCAAACUCCAGUCUUCUGGGAGGAGGGGGAGUCGAUGGCUGCAUACACAAAGCGGCAGGGUCCUGUCUGUAUGAUGAGUGCCACUCUCUAAAUGGCUGUGACACCGGCAAAGCCAAGAUCACCUGCGGCUAUGAUCUCCCUGCAAGAUAUGUGAUCCACACCGUGGGCCCAGUGGCCAGAGGUCAUGUGGGCCCUACCGAGACCAAUGACCUCACAUCCUGCUACCAGAACUCCCUCAGGCUGAUGAAGGAGCAUGGCUUGAGCACUGUGGCCUUCCCAUGUAUAUCCACAGGCAUCUAUGGCUUUCCCAAUGAGCCCGCAGCUGACAUUGCUCUGAACACGGUAAAGAGCUGGAUCGAAGAGAAUCCUGAUAAGAUUACUCGGGUCAUUUUCUGCGUCUUCCUGGAGACUGACUUUGCCAUCUACAAGAAGAAAAUGUCUGUCAUUUUUCAAGACAAUGACAUGGAGGUUACAGAGGACCAGCUGAAGGGAGAUAACACACCUCCAUCUACGAAAUCCACAACCAAGGAGGAAAGUGAAGAUAACAACAGAGGUAAAGAGGAAACAGGUGAUGAAGAAGAGGGUGACAAUGAUGCUUGGGGAAAAGAAGAAGACGUGGAGAUGGCAAGUCAAAACCCAGAAGAGAAUUUAGGAGACGAGGAGCCAGAUCAAGAGAAGGCUGCGGAGGACCAAGAGAACCAAGAGAAACAGGAAGAUAUGGACAUCAAUAAUGACAGAGCUGAAGAUAAAGACAUCGACAAAGAUGAAAAUAAAGAGGAAGACAAAGCAAAGGAAGAGCAACCUGCUACAAAGAAAGAAGAAGACGACGACAACGCAGCCAAGUCCACUGCGGAGAUGGAAGAUGCCUCUGAGAUCAACGACACUGGCACCAGCAAUGGAGAGGAGAUGAAAGAUCAUGUCGAGAGCUCAGGAGAACCUGAUUCAAUUCCAACUGACAGCAUUCAGUCCAAAGACACUGUUGAGAAGAAAGAAUGACCAGCUGAGGGACAGGACAAUCAACCUCAUCUGACAGCCAGCAAACUGUGCGAAGGCCAACCACACUGGUGUCAGACUGGCCCAUGUCAGUAUGGGCUCUGACACUGGCCCAGGGCAACCAGUUACUCACAAGAUGCUCACAUUCCCAAUUUUAUUUUGCCUUUUCCUUCUUAGUUAAGAAACUACUCAUCCCUGAAGUAUGUAUGUACUGUAUGUAUAUGUAUGUAUGUACAAAACCUUACUAUAGGACUUGAACAUAUCAAUCAGAAAAGAUGAGCCAUACCUCACUGUGUGUUAGAGUCAUACAUCAUUUAGCCAGCUGGGUGUGAGGAGAUAAACCAGGUUCAAGUCUCUUUGUUUGAUCUAAACCCACUGUGAGAGCAUGGUGAAGCUGUCAGAGGACAACAGCCACAGCUCCUUCAUGUUGACACUCCAGGCUGGGUGAUGCUUAACAUCAACCAUCCUUUUGUUCUUACAACUCAAAUACCACCGCCACAGUCAUGAUGACAUCCAACAGUGGAAUACCUGACGACACCCUGCAUUUGUAAGCCUCUUUGGAGUGCAACACACUGACACCUGCCAUGUCUCCUCACGCGCCACCGCAGCUCGAGCUCCAUUGUUUAGUUAAAUCAGCCAAUACAAUGAUUCAGUAAGGCGAUGUGCCACUCCCAGUCAGUCAUCUAUCUAACAUCACUAAUAAUGUCCCAUGUCUGCCGCUGCUCUAACUGCAGCUUAACUGCUUUUACCAGGAAACUGUUCAUCAGCACCCAUGCACACUAAAGAGGAUGUGUGUCUUUUAACCAAUCAAACCCCCCCCCCUUCCCCCCUCCCCCCUCCCUUUUUCUUUGCCACUUCCAGUGCAUGCCAGAAAAUUGCUUUGAACUUCACCAACAUAAAACAGGAAAAACAGUCCCCUUGGCUUCCGCUUGUCUCCUAUCCAGAUUGUCUAUAAUUGUAUCGAGGGAAUCUGCCUUAUUUCGUAACAAACUUCAAAAUCACAAUCACAGACCUAAGGAGGUGAUCCAAGUAUGAAUUCUUGGUUGUGUAUUGCUUGCUGAUGAUUAGUAAUUUUAGGUACAUCAUGUAAUGGCUAAUACCUGUUGUCAAUGGUUUCUUGUUUUUUUUCCUCGGUUGAUUUUAAAAAUGGUUUUGGUUUAUUUUAAAUGUCGGUAUGAUUCAUGAAUUAUUUUUCAGUGGUGCCAUACUGCAGAUCAGAUGAAUUAAAGUUCUAUGAAAUGAUGCCUUCAUACUUUGAUGUUUGCUUUGCUAAACUAUAACAGAAACAACUAAUAAAGUUUAAGGUGGAAGCCAUGUCUCAGCUUUUAAUGUGGA